CGUCAAGCUCGCUCUCUCUCCCUCUCCCUCUCCCUCUCCCUAUCCCUCUCCCUCGCUUUCUCUCUGUUGUACCAAUUUUAGAAGCUUCCACUGCGUCUACCCGGUGAUACGCUCCGCCCGUUGAGGCCACGGUUCCUCAUCAAAUGGCUAAAAUGAUUCGAACAUUUUCCCGCAAAAAAUCAAUUCGUUUCGGCAUCUCGCUUUCAUCUCCCCCUUUGGUCCAUACAUUAUCGGAACCCAAAACCAAUGAUAGCAACAAUGUGAUCACAUCCAUAAUCGACUCCUUACACAGAGGCGAAAGCUGGAAAACCCUCUCACAAAAAUUUGGUUCAGUCAAUUUCACAAACCCUUUAGUUGCAAAUGUCCUGUUGCAGCUCAAGGAGCCGAUUAAUUCGAGAAAAGCCCUAAAAUUCUUCCAUUGGACAGCGAAAGAAGUUAACUUGGAGCACGACCUUUCGAAUUAUUGCCUGAAUAUCCACAUUUUAGUGAAAGGGGGGCUAAUCAAGGAUGCAAAGGCAAUGUUUGAGUCAAUUUUGGUGAAAAGCGAUUUGGAAGGUAAUUAUCAGAUAUUUCCUAUUCUUGAUUCAUUGAUGGAGACUUAUGAGGUUGUUGAUUCGGUUCCGCUGGUCUUCGAUUUGUUCGUGCAGGCAUGUGCUAAAUUGAGAAUUGUUGAUGGUAUUAUUGAUGCUUGUGAAUUGUUGUUUGAUAAUGGGUUUGUGCUGAGCGUGAUUAGCUUCAAUACUCUGCUUCAUGUCUUGCAAAAAAGUGGGAAUGUGGGAUUAGUUUGGGGUGUUUAUGAGCUCAUGAUUAAGAGAAAAAAAGUCCCAAAUGAGGUUACAGUGAGGAUCAUGGUUAGCACAUUGUGUAAAGAGGGGAAAUUGGGGAAAUUUCUUGGGAUUGUAGAUAGUAUACAGGGGAAAAGGUGUUCGAUUCCUCGAUUAAUAGUGAAUACGUGUCUGGUGCAUGAGAUGAUUGAGGGGGGUAGGGUUGAAGAUGGUUUGGUGGUGUUGAAGCAUAUGUUACAGAAGAACAUGAUCUUGGAUACAGUUUCGUACUCGUUGGUUGUCUUUGCGAAGAUUAAGAUGGGUGAUUUGGAUGCUGCUCGAGAGAUAUAUGAAGAAAUGCUCAAGAGAGGAUUUGAGGAUAAUGCUUUUGUGUGUAGUUUGUUUGUUGCAGCGUAUUGUGACAUGGGGAGAAUCGAUAGGGCGAUUGAGGUGUUGGAAGAGAUGGAACCAGCAGGGUUCAAGCCUUCAGAGGAGGCCUUGAAUCGGAUGAUUGAAGGUUGUUGUUUAGAUGGAAGGUUGGAUGAGAGCUUGGAGUAUUGCAAACGUAUGAUGAAGCUCGGAUUUGUUCCUAGCUUGGGAGCUGUUGGUGUGAUGUUUGGGGGAUUAUGUGGGAAUGGGAAGACGAAGGCAGCUGAUGAGAUGCUGACUGUGCUGUUGGACAGAGGGUUUUCUCCGGAUGAGAAGACGUAUUCUUAUCUUGUUUUGGGUUAUUGUAGAGACGAUGAUGAGGAGGGGCUUACGAAGGUGCUGUGUGAGAUGGGAUACAGAUCGAUCCCUCGGACCGAAUCGCUCAGUUCAGCCAUUAUCAGCCUCUGUGAGUGUGGGAGAUUGGAGGAAGCGGAGAAGUAUCUCAGAGUAAUGGAGGCUCACUUGCUCAUUCCUACUCCGAACGUUUAUGAGGCGUUGGUUGGCCGCUAGCAUCUUCUGAUUUGCUACCAUGAUUACGAGCCUCAUAUUUACCCUUGAUACGGUAUAUACCGUCUCAACCCAACCCUAGGAAAAAGCUCGUUUGCUCACAAGAGGUCAAGAAUGUGUAAUGGCUAAGCAUUGGAGUUUAGUAUCUCAAGUUUCAUUAUUCCUAAUUUCCACAUUCGAAGCUUCAUAAUUCCCAAAUCAUAAACUAUUCUCAUAAUUAUAGUAACAAUAAAUAUAUAAUGAAUAUUCAAACCAAAAAUAAAUAAAUAUAUCAUGAAUAUUAUUGAAAAAAUGGAUACAACUGUAAAUCAACUUCACUAGGUUCACGUAAAUAAUUAGGCCCAACAACAAAAAAAGGGGAAAAAAUCAGAAAACCAAGAUAAUAAUAGCAUCAUAUUUUAGCUUCUAUUCUUCUUUUUCCCGGUUACUGAGAAAUCGAGAAAAUAUGGCGACUCGAUCGCUGAGACGAAAGGUGUUCAGAGCUCUGAGCUCUCUACAAUCGUCGUCUAAUUCAAUCGAAGCGACGCAAAAUUUGUCACUGUUUUCUCUCUCUAACUACUCAGCUGAAUCAUCAACUUCUGCCAGCUCUUCGCGCCCAAAUUUCUAGUGCAAUAUCAUCUCCCGCCGCCGCUUCUCCUCUCUCACGGAGGAGGAAUCGCAUGAACCUGCCGCGGUUAACUAUAUCUCUUUGUUGACAGAGGAAGAGUAUCACACGCUGGCUAAUUCCACCAUCCAUGAUCUGCUUGAGAAGCUCGAGGAAUAUGGUGACUGUGUGGAUAUUGAUGGAUUUGACGUUGACUACGGGGUGAAAUGGACUAACUUGCAUGGAUAUGUUAAGAUUUUUGAAACGUUUUCUAUCAGUUUAUGAUGCUACUAUGUGUUCAUUUUUCAGAAUGAGGUCCUGACUUUAAAGCUUGGGGAUUUGGGGACUUAUGUCAUAAACAAGCAAACGCCAAAUAGACAGAUUUGGAUGUCGUCUCCAGUGAAGUAAUUAUGUUUCUGACUUAAUCAGAGUUACAGGCUUCUGGUUUUAGAAUGCUGUCUUGAUUUGUGAUCUUGGUUCCCAAUAAGAUGUUGCUUUGGCUUAUAAUUUGAGUGCUGAAUCUUGUGUUGUUGUGGACCAUGCCGUGAGAAGAAUAUGAAGGUUUGCGGUGUGAUUGUAAUGGUCUGUCAUGCAUUUGCUAAAACCUGAACAUCAUAUAGUUAAAAGAAUUCAUGUGCAUUCAUUCAAUCUACUUUUCGGAGUAAGUUGAUCAUAGUGAAGAUCAAGUUUGAUUUCGGUGGUGUUAAUUGUUACUACGUCUCAUGGGCUUUGGACUCGUGCAAUACAUAUGGCAUGCCCUAUGUUGCCAUAAGAAUGCGAAUUUUAACAAGAAACAGUGUAUAUUGACUGUUUAUCUCAUUUAUUUGUUAAAUAGGUACAUGAACGGAACUUGAACUUGACAUAAGGUACUUUAAUCUUGCUUGCUGAUAGGAAGAAUAACAUGGGAAGCAGCUGCAAUUUGAAAAAUGAAAAGUUGAAGGAGAAGAAAAAUAUAAUUAACUUUAGAGCAACGGCCUGAGGUUAUUAUAAUCAAAUAGUAGUAAUUAGCUACUCCAUAUAAUAUUCUAAAUAUAUGAAAGUCAAUGCUUAAGGUGGGAAGAGGGGUCCAGGUUGAUUUUUUCAUUGCAAAGCAUUCAUGUCGAGAAAUCAUAUAACAUUGCAAUUAAAUUGAAUUGGGAGUACUUCAUUAGUUUGCAUGAGUAAAGGAAUUAUGUUUUUGCUUGCUCAAAGAUGUGACAUUCUGCUCCAUUUUGACUAAAUGAAUGAGUUCUGUCUUGAUUAUGAUGAUGAUGAUGAUGAGUAAUCUCCUUGCUCAAUACAUGCUUAAAAAUUCUUUUCAUCCAUAGUUCAAUUGUUGCUGUCUCAAUUGCUUCUGCAGCGGCCCGUCUCGUUUUGACUGGGAUCAGAAAGACAAAGCUUGGAUAUAUAAGCGAACGAAGCAAAACCUUUUUAAAGUUCUGGAAACCGAGUUAGAAAAGCUGUGCAAGAACCCCAUCAGCCUUUCUUGAGCUUCCUAAAACAAUACAUCCCCUGCAUGAAACUUCUUCUUUCAUGAACCCGUUAUGCUACUCCAACAACUCCCAUCCAACUCUUAUCUCCUCACCCCGUUUCAUAUUACAUAUCGCAUCCCCACAUCCUCAUACCAGUCGUUAUCUCGUAUGUAGUACAGAAGUUAUCCAUGUUGGCUAACUCAAAGGCCAGCUACACCAGCACGAUACAUGAACAUGGGAUUGUGAGGGUGCUGGUGUGUGUGCUUCGAGAUGUUGGCUUCAACAAUGGUGGCUUCCAGCGCUUUCAGAGCGCUCCCGAUCUCCGCGAAGAGCUCCGGCCGAUCGUCGCAACAGAUAGACGACUUGAUCUGCUCCGAUCCGUCUUCAAUCUGAUCGACUAUUACCUCGUCGAUCUCGCUCGGCACGCCGCUGCUGAUUUUGCUCGCCUCCUUCGCCCUCUGCCGCUGCUGAUUUUGCUCGCCUCCUUCGCCCUCUGCCGCUGCUCCUUCACGUGAUCCACCACGUGCCCCAAUGGCGCCGCCUUGUCCAUCUAUAUUGAUCGGAAUCGGUCAAUUCAGUGAGAAUUUUGAUUCGAUUCGAGAGAGACAGAGAAAGAAGGGAAAAUACCUCUUCAGAUUUAGGGAUGAGUUUGCGGAGAGUUGAGCGAUUUAGGGAUGAGUUUGCGGAGAGUUGAGCGUUGAUUCUGUCUCUGCGGCGUUUCUCGGAUGUUGUUUAUUUGUUGAAAAUCUGCGGCAUUGGCUGUUGGUUUUUGGGUGAACAAAUUUGCUGUUGACAUUAUAUUGAAACUUCAGUUGUAGACAUUUGCUGUUGACAUGUUGAAAUGUAGGAGAUGCUGGUUUGUUGACAUUGUGAAUUGAAGAUGAAAAUUUAGGAUGACAUUUUGUAGGUGCCUUUGGAGGUCUGUUGACAUAUUGACAUUUGCGUUGCUAGUGACAUUUCUUUGAAAUUUAUGAAUACAUUAUGUGAUGUUUUUUGCUGACA